AUGCCGGCGCCAGGAGAAGUUGCCCAGCCAGCCGGCCAGCCGGGCUAUCCAGCUAUCCAGCUAGCCAUCCACCCAUCCACCCAACCAGCUCCAGACGAAGAAAUACGAACACGGACGAACACUGCUGACAUUGACAACCCGACAACCCGACAACCUGACCUCCUCCUCUGCAACCUCGACCCCGACAACCUCAUCGUCGGUGUCAACAAAUCCGUAACACCCGACCUGUCCGCUGCCGACACCGAGACCCUUCCGGUAAUCUGGCCAUUACUGUACAGUACCGGUAGAUUACAUUACUCCGUGUUUACUUCUGCCCGCGCGCGCAUCAUCCUCAGCCGCCCCUGGCCUCUGCGCUCGGGAUACAUGACGAAACCGGCGACCGGACUCUACCCGGUGAUGAGGGCGCAUUUUCCAAACCUCAUUGGUGAGAUUCUGGGUUUCAUGACAACGACCAUGACGACAACGACCACAACAAUUACAACAACAAUCACAACAACAACAACAACAACAGCGAUAAUCACUGACGACCACGAGUCGACGAGGACCAAACCUUCAGCUUGGCUUAUUAAUCUUCUUCUUACUCCCCCCCUUAUGAUUACAUGUCGAAGUCUGUGCAAUGGACGUGACAGGGCUUUAAGCUAUGCAGAAAUCACCGCUCUACGACUUACUACGUAUGAAGUUAAACUGGGUCCGACAUUGAUUCAUGGGAAAGACGAUAAUGGCGUUUCAGAGUCAAAUAUCAGCUUUGCUUAUUCUCUUGUGCCUCGACCACCUCGUGGUCCUUCGUCCGGUCGAUGCCUGAACAUGUUUCGUCUGAUACUGCUGGCAGCUGCCGGCCGAGCUACUCCCAGGCCCCGCCCCGAACUGCCCAGACCUCCUCCCAUCCCUCCCCUUACCUCGAGUUAUCCUUGCUUACCAAGUACUACGGUGCAAGUAAAGGUUGUGGUGUGUCAUGCCUCAAGCCCCGGGUCGCACCAGAAGAGUCAGUCGCACAUGGUGGUACUUGCUCUAGAUCUCCCUCUACCGCCUUCCACGGCAUUGGGAGGCGUUCUGGAGACGAGGGACUGCGAUAAGAUACAGAGAAGACACACAAAAGAAGAGAUGCAGAUGAGAUACAAAGAUGAGACACCGAAACGAGAUGCAGAGAUGUGGUGUCCCCGCGAUCGAGGCAACCCCAGACGUCGUGGCUGCUCUUGA